UUAGAAUUACAGAAAUCCAACCCACAAAACUAGUAGAAAGAAAAUAUAUAUAAACAGAUAUUUAUUAACUAUUUGUACCUGUCAUGCAAAGUGACAAAAUAAUGUUAUGCUAAAUGCAAUUUUUUCACUGUAUUUUAAAUAUAAAAUAUAAAAAUUCGUAGUAAUGUUUGGUCAUGGCGACGUUACCACCGCGCAAAAAUCCAACUCCUACGAAAAUUUCGAAAGAGCACCUAACACCGUUGCAAAUUCUCCUACAGCUGGGCUUCCCCAAACACAGGUGCAAAAGAGCUUUAGCAGCUACAGGUCAUCGUUGCGUUCAACUUGCUUCAGAUUGGCUUUUGGCACACGUCAGAGAUCCAACACUUGACUCUAUUGAACCAAGAGAAUACGUACUUUAUUUAUGUCCAACCGGACAAUUAAACGAACAAUUGCAAAAAUUUUGGAUUAAAAGUAAAGAAUUAGAAUGGAACGGAGUACAUAAUUUCAUUCCACACAUAACACUUGUCUCAUUUUUCAAGGUUUCCGAUGAAUCUUCGAAAGAACUUACCACAAUUCUGGAAACAUUAAUUAAUAGAGAUGAGUGUCCAGACACCAUUGAAUUGGAAACCUAUAUAUCCCCAAAUUUCAUGGGAUUAUUUGUUAAAGAUGAACAAGCUGAAUGGUUGAAAUCUUUAGCUCUUAAAUAUGUAAAUAAAUUAUCUAAUAUAGGAAUCGAUGCUGAACCGAAUACAAAAUCAUUACAUUUGACACUUGCUUACCAAUUUUCAAACUCAUUAUUCGAACCAUUACGCUUAAUGGUCGAAAAACUGGAAUCAAAUAAAUUUGCAAAUUGGGAACUGAGAUUAUAUUCUAAGGAUUCACGAUCUACAAAUGUUAAUGUACAUAAAGUAAUGCAUUCGCAUGCUCCACGAGAACAUGAUGAAUUGGAGCUGAGGCCUGGUGAUUAUAUAUAUGUGCCAGAAGAGGCAUGCACUACCUCAGUAGAUGGAUGGGUCGAAGGCAUCUCGUGGUUAACAGGCACAUCUGGCUAUUUUCCUUUAAAUCAUACAAAACGUACUGCAGAUUCCGACUCUUGGACAUUACAUUCGACUGUACCAAUUAUUGAAAAUAAAAUAGAAAUCUUAGAGGAUGUAAUACCUAGAACUAGAAGGCCACCAAUUAUGGUUUCAAGUGAAUCUUCGGAUGCACCAGAUGGAGUAGCUGCUGAUAACGAGCCUUUGGAAGCUUCAGAACCGAUGACACCUUCGUGCCGUGAAAUUUUAAUUUGCCGACAUGGUGAACGAGUAGAUUUUACUUUUGGCACUUGGAUACCGUAUUGUUUUGAAGCAGAUGGCCUUUAUGUUCGUAGAGACCUAAAUAUGCCGAUAAAAAUACCUCCCAGAAAUAUUCAAGAUUUUCAAGAUGAUUGCCCAUUAACAACAUUAGGAGAAAUACAAGCAAAUUUAAUUGGAGAAGCAAUGAAAGCAUCCAAUGUACACAUAGACAUAGCUUUUGCUUCACCUUCUUUAAGAUGCAUACAAACAUUGUCACAAAUUUUAAAAGGCUUCCAAUCUGAUUUGUCCAUAAAAAUUGAACCUGGUUUAAUGGAAUGGGUUGCUUGGUACCAAAAUGGCUUACCAACAUGGAUGACACCUGAGGAAUUAUCUAAUGCUGGAUUUAAAAUAGAUAAAUCGUAUAAACCAGUUGUAAAAGCAGACGAGCUACCUUUAAGAGAAAAUGCUGCACAAUAUUACGAUAGAAGUCACAUUCUUAUAAAAAGUAUUAUAGAGAGUACUAAAGGUAAUAUUCUAAUUGUUGCACAUGCAACUUCUUUGCCGGCUUGUACAAAACAAUUAACAGGUGGUAGAGUUCCACAUGUAACAGAAAUUACACGUUUAGUACAACAGGUACCUUAUCUAGCAUGUUUAAUGGCUAGAGAAAGUCCUCAUGGAUGGCAACUUCAUCCUCCACCAUUUCCCCCUAUAACACAUAGUAGUAACAAAAGAUUCGAUUGGAAAAUUUUAACUUAAAUCCAAUAUGUUUCCUUGGAUGAUGGUUGUACUGACAGAGAGAAACUAUUACAUGUUUAUUAUAAACAAAAAUCGCCAAUCGUAAUAGAU